GUGCAGAAGUACAUUGUGAAGAAUUAUUUCUACUAUUGCCUAUUCAAAUUUUCAGCUGCCUUGGGUCAAGAAGUGUUCUACAUCACAUUUCUUCCAUUCACUCACUGGAAUAUUGAUCCUUAUUUAUCCAGAAGACUGGUCAUCAUAUGGGUUUUGGUGAUGUAUAUUGGUCAGGUGGCCAAGGAUAUCCUGAAGUGGCCCCGUCCCUCCUCCCCUCCCGUUGUGAAACUUGAAAAGAGAGCGAUUGCUGAGUUUGGAAUGCCCUCCACCCACGCCAUGGCGGCCACGGCCAUUGCCUUCACCCUCUUGAUCUCUACUAUGGACAGGUACCAGUACCCUUAUAUAUUAACAGUAAAAUUAGCCAGAAUAUUUGAAACAUUGAUCUGUAACUAAAUGUUACAUUCGGGAAUAACAACAAUACUUGAUGUGCUGGGUGGCGUCCUGAUCACUGCAGUCCUCAUUGUCCUCACCUACCCUGCCUGGACCCUCAUCGACUGCCUGGACUCGGCCAGCCCCCUCAUCCCCGUGUGUGUCAUAGUUGUGCCAUUCUUCUUAUGUUAUAAUUACCCCGUGCCUGAUUACUACAGCCCAACCCGAGCAGACACCACCACCAUAGUGGCUGCCGGCGCUGGAGUGACCAUAGGAUGCUGGAUCAACCACUUCUUCCAGCUGGUGUCCAAGCCUGCUGAUUCUCUCCCUGUCAUUCAGGACAUCCCACCGCUCGCCACCAUGUUCAUUUUGGGUCUGACCAAAUUUGCGGUGGGAAUUGUGUUGAUCCUCUUGGUUCGUCAGCUUGUACAAAAUCUCUCACUGCAAGUAUUGUACUCGUGGUUCAAGGUGGUCACCAGGAACAAGGAGGCCAGGCGGAGACUGGAGAUUGAAGUGCCUUACAAGUUUGUCACCUACACGUCUGUCGGCAUCUGUGCUACCACCUUUGUGCCGAUGCUGCACAGGUUUUUGGGAUUACCCUGAGCCUCAAACACUUGGAAACUAGCCCACUGGACAUGAAAGCCAAGACAUAGGAAAGUUGUUGGGUGGGCAAGUCUCGACAACUUGUUUUUCUUAAAAAAAAAAAAAA